GAGCAGACAAUUGGCUUCCAUAGUAACUACAGCAAAGUGGCCUGAAGGGCAUUGUGACAGCAGAGCAGUAAGAGCUCUAAAAUUAGACUGAGAUUCUUUGGCGCGCCUGGUUUCAUUUACACCUAGUAUUCUACUUCAUACACAUUUGAUGCUUAUAAAAAGCCCCGGCGUUGCUUUCUGAGACGCUGAAAUGUAUUAAUUUAUCAGAACUGGAACAUUCCUGUUGUGGUGGAAGCAGAACCGGAUGCAGGUUUUACUGGCUAUGAAUCCCUAUGGAAAGACUAAAUUUAGUCAGUUUGGCUCUGCAGAUUAGAGAAGGUCAAAAAUGCUCCGGCCUGGAAAUAAAAAAAGACUGAAAGAGCUGUGAGAAACGCAGCUGUUUGUGGCGCCGAACUAUGACUGGCAACAGUAGAUGACUUAAUUUAGUUUUGGCUCCAACAGCAAUUUUUAAGAGUAGAGAGACUGAAGAAGAAGAAGCAGCCAAGCGAUCCAUUUUAUGUAAGAACAAUCUUCUUUAUGGGAAAGGACAUUUUUCUUCACAUGCAAAUGUCAGUGGAACUACAUUGCGUCACCUCAUUGUUCUUGGUUAUGUUGAUUUGAGAGUUUGACUUGAAGCCAAGUCAUUCCAGUGUCAUAACCUGCUAAUUCUCAUGGAAGACAUUCAUUGGCGUUGGAUUGAUGAGUAGAAACUAAUGGGACCAUUUACAACAGGCAGGCAUUACCACGUCUCCCGUUUCAGACUGGGUUCUGAACGGGGAGGGGUUCUGGAGGGCAAAGGGGACAGAGUGGUUGUAUUUUUAUAACCCAUGUGCUCUUUUGCAUGCCUGACGGUGAGGAAGUGGGGCUGGUGGGUCUUAUCAGGAACAAAACACCAGGGCAGAGACGCCAACGGGAUUUCAACUUGACCCGUAACUCCAGAAGACGGAUAAGUGGAUCCACAUGGAUCCGAAGACUGGACACUCCUCAAACGGCCCGCUAUCAGGAAUGAACGUGGAGAAGCUGCAGAAGAUAGCUGCAGCGGCGGUGACCUCUGGGAGAUUCGUCCUCAGGCCGCUGAACGCCGCUCUGGAGUUUGUGACCAACCUGCUGGCCUGGGUUUUAGGAAGCAGCCUGGCCCGGAGACACUUCCACCUCAUGCUGUCCGGUCUGGUUCUGUUUGGACCUGUGCUGAGUUUCUGGGUUUCCAAGUACAGCAUCUUUGCAAACGGCAACAAUUUCCUGUACAGGAAGUUUCUCAGGUCCACUUGGGGCUGGACUUGCCUCCUCACGGGCUCCUUCGUCAUCCUCCUCUCCUUCUCGGCGCGUCGCUCCGUCCCCCUGUCCCUCCGCCACCUGUCCCGGAUAGGGGUGGGAGCCGUGCUGUGGUGGGCGUGCCAGCGCCUGCUGACCCUCCUGGAGGACGCGUCGGGGACCUGCUACGAGCCCGUGGCGUCGUCCCCGGACCCCCAGGCCGCCGGCUCCCCCGCCCAACCGCUGCUGCUCCUGCAUGAAGACCAGACCAAGGCCUCCUGCCUCCGAGCCCACAUGCAGUGGAGAGGCUACGAGGUCUCCCAGGACACGCUCAUUCUCUGCCUGUGCUGCCUGCUACUUGCAGAGGAAAUGUCGGUGUUUGCCCGCCACCUCGCCCAAGAAAAGGGCCUGAGGAGGACGGCCGGUGCCCCGCUGAGAGUCCUAUUCCUCCUCUGUGUGGUUCUGCUCGCCGUGUGGAUGGUGUUGCUUCUGUGUUUGCUCGCAUACUUCCCCAAAUGGCCUUCCCAGCAGCUGGGGGGUGCGCUGGGCUACCUGGGUUGGAGGGGGCUCUACCAGGGCUGGUACCGGCUGAGAGUGAGCCAGUGGUCGCCCGGUCUACCGGGAGAGGGGCUUUUCACCACAGACGCCGUCAACCAGUAUCAGUAGCCUGGGCCACUUCGUGAAAACAUUUUCAAAAGUAAAACAGCAGCAGACUUACAGGAAUCAUGUUGCUUUAUUUGUAAUCUGAACCAAAAUGCAAGCACAGAAAGAAAAACAUUUUUUUUUUUUCCCUCAGAGCAGGUAACUGUUUCUCGUGGGAGUGAGUGUCAUACUACACUAGAUGUAGCCUGUCAGCGAGCCCCGGCUCCGGUCUCAGUAGAUGAGAGCUUUCCCGUCUCCUCUGGGCUUCUUAAUCUUGUCGUAGUUCUUGUUAAUGAUGUCGAACAGCACGGCCUGCAGAUGGAAACGCACCCCGUGAGUGGGACACACAGGCAGACAGCAGCAGGAAUACAAAAUAUGGAGGACAAGAGCAACGUGCAGGUAUUCGGCUCUUAUUAUGACCAAUAUCCCUUUUAGUCACA